CGUUAAUUACCUUUUUGUUUCUACUUGACAUACAUGGACAAACUUUUACCUUACGAGACAUUGUCUGAAAUUUUAAGCUACUUGAAAAAAGACCAAGCGAGCUUAUUACAAUUAAGUUUAACCUGUAAAAAAUUUCACGAGAUUACCAUACCACUUUUAUAUAAAUCACCGCAGUUUACGACAUUCAGCAGCUUUCAAUCGUUUACAAACACAUUAUCAAAGGUCAAUGCACUUUAUGUGCGUGACAUUGACUUGCACAUGGUGCCCCAUCGUUGGGAUUCCUUAAAAAUAAACCAUUGUCUAUACACUUUGACCGACAAAGCGCAUGAUCUCGAACAACUUAAUUUGGGUUUAUGCAGCCAACUAACAAACAAGGUCUUAAAAAGAAUCAUACGGCCUUUGCAUGAUUUACGAGUGCUGUCUCUAGACCAAUGCACACUGAUUGGCGAUGAAGCGAUUGAGACGUUAGUCGUACAAUGUCCCUAUAUCCAAGAGCUGUAUUUAGGAUCGACCCAUAUCACCGAUAAAGCAUUAGACUGGAUCGCAACAAAGCUCAUCUUAUUAACGCAUCUCUAUCUACCUGGCUGCGAGAACAUCACGGAAGCCGGUAUCAGUACCCUGACUACACAAUGCAAAACCUUGCAACAUUUCGAUAUCAAAGACUGUUAUAAUGUCGUGGGGGAUUUCGGUAUAGAACAACUUCGGAUGGGAUUAGACGAGACACCAGUUCUGAGCAAUCCAGUGGAAGAGGAUGAAUGGGAAGAUAUGGAUUCCGAAGAUGAAGAUUAAUUUAUGCCCUUUUUUUUUUUUGUUGCGUCGUACUGUUUAAGGUUUUUUCUUUUAAUUAAAACACCGAGUUGUGCUUUUCAUUCUCUCUCUCUCUUUUUUUUUUUUUUUUUUUUCUCCUUG